CAGCGCGGCCCGCCCAGGUGCUCCGCAGACGGGAAGCGCUUAUGUGUUUCGCAGCCUCCCCCAGCAGCUGUGCAGUGGGACCUCUGAACGCAGGACCACCGAACGACGAAAAGGGACAAAAAUGUAAAGAAUGAAGCAGCUUUGCACCGCUUGUUGAAAGGACGUGUGCUUUGGAAGCCUUAAAAGAAAAGAGAAAAGAAGAAAAGAAACGAUGCGUAAAGUUGCAGCUGCGCACCACGGACGUUCAGUAAUCUGUGCGUAAAAGUGAGAGAGGCUGAGGAGAGAAGUAAAACUUCGGCGGGGGAUUUGUAUUUUUUUUUCUUCCAGCGAAAUGGAUACGAAAGGCUGAGAAGGAAGGAGGGAAUUAUUAUCAUUGUGAUUUCCUCCAAUGUGGAGCUUUAAAGCUGCUAAAAGUGACUCGCUCUGUGAAUCCGUCCGGCAUGCACACUUGAGGUAGAAAGUAGGACAUCGCCGCUCUGCAACUCUUUUUUCUUGCCAUGCAUCUGUUAUGAUCGACCUCAGCUCCGAGGCUCUCUGAUGUCACAGCUCCGGCUGAGUCUGGAGUCACCUUUUACCGCGUACACCCAGCAGUCUACCUCUCACCAGCACCGUCGGCAUGGACGAAAGCGUUAAGAACUUCGCCGGGAACAGCUGCGCGGACGCGGAGAGCGUCGGCCUCAGCGUGCUCAACUGGGAGCAAGUGCAGCGGCUGGACGCGAUCCUCACGGGCUCAAUACCCAUCCACGGCCGGUGGAGCUUCCCCACUCUGGAGGUGAAGCCGCGGGACAUCGUCAAUGUGGUCCGGAGCCGCAUGGAGGAGAAGCGGAUACACGUCCGGGAGGUGCGCCUGAACGGAUCCGCGGCCAGCUACGUCUUGCAUGAGGAUAGCGGUCUGGGAUGGAAAGAUCUGGACUUAAUAUUCUGCGCGGACCUGAAGGGAGAGUUGGAGUUUCAGUUAGUAAAAGAGUUGGUCCUGGACUCUCUUCUGGACUUCCUGCCUGAAGGGGUAAAUAAAGAGAAGAUCACACCUCUGACCUUAAAGGAAGCUUAUGUUCAGAAGAUGGUGAAGGUUUGCAAUGACUCGGACCGCUGGAGUCUUAUCUCGCUCUCCAACAACCACGGCAAAAACGUGGAGCUGAAGUUUGUGGACUCUCUCCGCCGGCAGUUUGAGUUCAGUGUGGACUCCUUCCAGAUCCGCCUGGACUCCCUCCUUCUCUUCUACGAGUGCUCCGAACACCCCAUGGCCGCCACCUUCCACCCGACGAUCAUCGGCGAGAGCGUCUACGGAGAUUUCCCCACCGCACUGGAUCACCUGCGGAAGCGGCUCAUCUGCACCCGGAGCCCCGAGGAGAUCCGGGGUGGCGGUCUCCUCAAGUACUGCCACCUGCUGGUGCGAGGUUUCCGCGCGGCGUCCGACGCGGAGAUGAAACUGCUGCAGCGGUACAUGUGCUCCCGCUUCUUCAUAGAUUUCCCCGACGUAGGUGAGCAGCGGAGGAAGCUGGAGUCCUACUUGCAGAACCACUUUGUGGACCUGGAGGAGAGGAAGUAUGACUAUUUGGCCACGCUGUAUGACGUGGUCAGGGAGAGCACGGUGUGCUUGAUGGGACACGAGAGGCGUCAGACGCUUAGCCUCAUCUCGUCGCUGGCUCUUCGAGUCCUGGCUGAGCAGAACGCCAUUCUCAACGCUGCCAAUGUAACCUGCUUCUACCAGCCGGCUCCUUAUGUGUCAGAUGGAAACUUUAGCAACUACUAUGUAGCGCAGGUUCAGCCGAUCUACUCUUGUCCACUUUCACCGUCCCAGCAGUACUUUACUCCUUUGCAACAUUCCUGGUAUGGCACCUGGAUGCCCUGUAACUAAACUUUCUGGAUGCCCAUGUAGUUUUGUGGAACUCGUGUCUGCAUAAUAAUAAUGCAUCUUUAUCUUCUUGUCUUUAGUAUGAGAAAAAGAUGUUCUCUGGGUCACAGUGCACAGAGAGAGAGAGGCUUAAAACUGAUUGGUCUGUGGGUUUGGUAGAUCAAAUGUUUGCCGAGCCACGAAGCCCUUCAAGAUACGAUAACUUUGUUAAUUUUCCACAGCUUACAGGAAGUUACAUCUGAGCAUUAAAAACCCAGAAUAUUCACCUUAUUGAAACAAAAGGCAGCAGAGCAGUGCCUGGUGAAAAUAUGCAUUCAUUCACAUGGUUUCUUCUCCUCUGUGCAUGUGUUAGCGCGUGUGCAUGCGAGUGGGUCUGUUUGUAUGUGUAAGAGUCUUUAUGCAGGCAAUGCAAAAAAAGAGGAACUGGGUGCUGUUUACAAAUCCAAAGAUCUGCUUUAAUGCUCAAGUUUUCUAAAAUUCAAGCAGUAAAAAAAAAAAUGAAACAACAAAACAAUGCAUGUUUUAUUUCUGUGCAGGAAUAAUUUUAAAGUGCCUAUACCAAGCCAAAACAGAGAAAUGAAGACAUUUUAGGAUUCAUCGUUAUAGAAAAGUAUCUCCUGAAUGUAUUCAUGAAAUUAAAAAAAAAAAAAUUCUCAA